AUGGCAGAAGGAAGUCAAGCUGCAGCUGGCAGCUCCGAACCUCAAUCGAAGAAGCGCAAGUACAGAAAAGACAAACCAUGGGACACUGACGAUAUCGAUCACUGGAAAAUCGAGCAAUUCCGUCCGGAAGACAAUCCUGGCCCUUUUACUGAAGAAUCUUCGUUUGCCACAUUAUUUCCUAAAUACCGCGAAGCAUAUUUGAAAGAAGUUUGGCCUCAUGUAACAGUAGCGUUAGAAAAAGUGGGUAUUGCAUGUGUUUUGGACUUGGUUGAGGGCAGUAUGACCGUGAAGACCACAAGGAAAACAUAUGAUCCUUAUAUUAUAUUGAAGUCCCGCGAUUUGAUCAAGCUCCUUGCGCGAAGUGUUCCCUUUCCUCAGGCCGUCAAAGUUCUAGAGGAUGGUGUUGCGUGUGAUAUCAUUAAAAUUGGGACGAUUGUCAGGAACAAAGAACGUUUUGUCAAGAGAAGACAGAGGCUCAUUGGGCCAAAUGGAUCAACAUUAAAGGCGCUUGAACUUUUAACUACAUGCUAUAUUAUGAUUCAAGGAAAUACAGUCUCUACUAUGGGCCCUUACAAAGGUCUAAAAGAAAUUCGUCGCAUAGUUAUCGACUGCAUGAAAAACAUACAUCCUAUUUACCACAUUAAAGAACUAAUGAUCAAGCGAGAACUCGCAAAAGAUCCAAAUUUAAAAAGUGAAUCGUGGGAUCGCUUUUUACCUCAAUUUAAGAAGAAAAAUGUUCAGAGAAAGACGAGCAAAACAGGAGACGAGAAGAAAAAGAAGGAAUACACACCGUUCCCACCUCCUCAGCAGCCUCGUAAGAUUGAUUUGCAGUUGGAGUCGGGCGAAUAUUUCUUGAAGCCGCGUGAGAAGGUCGCUAAGGCCAUGCAAUUGAAAAAGGAGAAACAGCUAGAAACUACGCUUAAGCGUAAAGCAGAACGUGAAAAGGAUUUUGUUCCGCCGGAUUAG